AUGUGGUCAAUGGGUUUGAUAAGGCGUACGGCAAUGUCCAGCGCCAUUAGAGCUUCAUCAUCACAAAGGACAUGGCUUGUUCAUCAGGGUGGAUCAAGAAGCUGCGUCACCGUCAACACACCGUCGUCGUCGAAGGAGGAAGAGAAGAAGAUGGAGAAUAGAGAUGUAACUAUAGCGGAAGCGAAGAAGCUGAUGAGGCUUGUGAAUGUUGAAGACAUGAAGAAGAAACUUAUUGGUAUGGGUGAUAGAGAUGUCGUCUCUUACACUUCGCUUUUAGAAGCUUCUCAAGGAAUGGGUAUCGCUAGAUCCCCUGAUGAAGCUCACAUCUUUGCUCGUGUUCUUGACGAUGCUGGCGUUGUCUUGAUCUUUCGUGAUAAAGUCUUUCUUCACCCAGACAAGGUGGUGGAUCUGAUUAGACGAGCGAUGCCUUUGGAUCAGAACCCAGAGGAGGAUCAAAUCAAAGACGAAUUCAAUAAGCUGAGAAUCAUGAAAGAGGAGAUUGAUGUUCUUGCUCAUAGACAAGUGAGGAAGAUUCUUUGGUGUGGUUUGGCUACUUCCAUGGUUCAAAUUGGGCUCUUUUUUAGAUUAACUUUUUGGGAAUUCUCAUGGGAUGUGAUGGAACCAAUCACUUUCUUCGCUACAGCCACUGGUAUCAUCGUCGGUUAUGCUUACUUCUUGAUGACGUCGAGAGAUCCCACAUAUCAGGAUUUCAUGAAGAGACUGUUCUUGUCGAGGCAGAGGAAGUUGUUGAAGAUUCACAAGUUUGACUGUGAGAGGUUUAAAGAACUGGAGAGGGUAUGUAAAAUGACAUCGUCUUGUCACGCAGCUGCGUCUAUAAGGAAUCGUGUUGGGUUAGAACUUGAUCUCGAGGAUGCUUUGCAGAGUCGUAGAGACUGAUUCAUUAUAUAUUUAAAAAAAGAACAUUCCAGUUUUUUCCUUGUCUUCUGGUGUGCAUGGUUCCAUCAAACUGAAGAAGAGAUGAUCAGUCUUUGCAAAAAGUUACUUACAACAAAGAGUGUGUUUUCGAUCAUCUUUUCUGCUUCUUAAUAUAAUUCAUAAGUAACCAUUGACAUGUAUUUGUUGUUACUGUAAACUGUAAAGAUUGGCUUCUUAACAGAUUUAACUGUU